CCGGCUCGGACGCCGUGACCGUGACCCGUCAACCGUAAACCGCGCCUGCGUUUGACCCUCUACCAUAUGAAGCAGACUUCAUUUCCUCGCCAUGCCAAACAUCCUCUGCUUGGCCAUAUCGGACUUCGACUGAUGUGUCCCAUCUGUCACUGAUCACAAAGAGAAAGCCCGGUAGAAAACACCGUCCGCAACGUCCGGAAGGGAUGACGGCGUCGUCGCCCCUCCAUCAACAUAUUGUCUGAUGACCACAUACCACCUAUCCGUUUGUCCAUCACCACAACUGAUAUCCUCGACAUGCUCCCGAGAUUGUCGUAACCCUCGCAGUUACAGUUAAGGCACAAGCGAUACGCCUUUCGUCGCCAUGUCGUACUUUCUCCCGUCCUACUUCCAGAAGCGGCUGCUUCGAUAUGCCCUCACUCGCCUCGAUUUCAUCGAUUCCGACGAACUCGACCUGGACAACCUUGGGCUAACCUGGGGUCAGAGGACCGUUAUCGAACUGAAAAAUGUCGGCAUCAAAGUUAAGCGGCUGCGAGAUAUCCUACAGAUCCCGCCUUCCGUUAUCCUCACCCAUGCCUCGAUCAGGUUGCUACGCCUUACCUUGCCCGCCGAUCUACACAUUUCUGGUAUCGAGGUCGAAGUUGAUGGAGUAGAGAUACUGGUUGGAAUUCGGGCAGACAACCUUUCUGGGAAGCCAGACAUAUCUUCAACGAAAGGAGGUUCUGCGCCCAGUAAGACAGACAGAGCGAACCUUCCCCGGUCAUCCUCUCCUGCAGUCCAUGAUCCAGGCGGCAGGCCGUCAUCACAGAGCCCUGGACGACAUUUAGAACUCUCUCAAGUUAUCCCAACCUCGGAAGACCUCGCAACGUCAUUCCUAAAGGAUGAAUCUCCCGACGAACGUGAGGAGCUGCAGGCGGCUUUGGAGUCUCAGUCUCUGUAUAUGCAAGAGUCGGUGUCGUCGGCGCCCGGGGAAGAUGUCGGCCUGGGCAUGCCUGGAGGGUUGUCACUUCCGACAUUCGUCGCCAACUUUCUGAAAGGCGUCGCAGGUCGUCUUUCUGUAAAGGUGACCAAUGUCAGUGUCCUUCUUGACCUGGAUCUCUCUGUGGGAGAAGGUUCCCAGGCGGAUCACACCAAGUUCCUGGUCUCGAUUGCCACAAUCGUGGUGGAACCGCUACCGCAGUCUGGGGAGGCCGGUGUCCUUGCUGAUAUGCGGUGCUCGGUAGCCGUCGACGAUAUCAAUAUGUUUGUGCUAUCUGAAUCCGAGACAUUGUCGGAGAUAUCUGGACUAAGCUCCCCGAGAAUCUCCAAGUCACGGCCGAAACUCUCCCGCCCGAAUGCGCCUAGCGAUAGCAGUGAUCAGGUUCGCUCAAGCAGUGCCAGCCUAAGCCAGCAAUCAGACCGCGGCAAACCGUCAUCCUCUCUAAAUAGUCCUGCCUUCGGCCUAGGGCUCGAUCAUCUUUCACUUUCCGACCAAGGACCGUCGAAUCAUGGACGGAAAGUUCCAGUCUUGCGUCAGUCGUCCGAUGAUAUGCAAUUAAUCGCUCACAGCGAACAUGCGGAAGGGUCCAUCGGCUCCCCCUCUCACUAUAGCGAACAAGGAACUAUUCUGGAAGAAGCAAGAUCGGAAGACCUGAUGGAAUCGAGGCUAUAUACUCACGAUGAAGCUGAGAGCAUGUACAUGAGCGCGGUGAGUGGCGAAGUGGCUAUGCCUGGCGGUUGGGCAUCAUCCAACAUUGCCGCGGAGGCAGAAGAAGGAGCAGAAGAUGGGUUCGCCUUGCAAAGUUCAUCGCACGGUGUUGAGCACACCUCCAACGGAGCUUCUGUCGACAAUAUCAACAUCAAAACUCCGCCUCCUGAAACGCCCUUGCCGAGUAUCGAGCCGGAGGUGUCUACGGGUGAGAGUCUGCUUAAAACCCAUCUCGCCUCUUAUUUCAGGUCGCGUAUUUUAGGCGUCAACUCAGCGUGCUUUAAGAUCCCUGAACCCCACAGCCAUGCCAACUCCAGCGAGAUCCAAAGGCCGGACUCAUCACAACGUCCGUCUCGUACCCAAGCCUUACAUCACAGUCGUCCAAGCAUCGAAAGAGGUGUCAGGAGCACAUAUCUCGGUGAUCCACGUGUUCGAGAUCCGCAACCUCCUCGACAGACUCAAUCUUUCAGGGAUCUUAAGGAUACCUUCAGUGCCCGUAUAGGACAGAUAUCGGUUGAUCUUGAUAUUGUGGUCUGCAAGAUCUUGGUCAAGGCGACCCAAGCAAUCUCUGGGGUCUUUCCUGCCACGGACUCUGGUCCCAGUGCACCAUCUGCAACCACGGCAAGUCUGCCUCCUGAAAUAAUCGUGCAGAAAGUCGACUUGAAUUUCUUUGAGACGGUGCCGAAGAUAUCUCCGGCCCAGGCGGCUGUUAAACCGAUGGAAUCGAUCAUGGCCACUGAUCCUUCACUUUUCAAGUUGACAUUCGCAACGAUAGCAUGCACGCCACUCUCGGCACAAGAUGGCGCUCAGCGCUGGUCAAUCUCAAAGAUCAUCAUGACCCACGGUGCUACGGAGGUCCUAUCCUUUGUGGACUCGAUUAACGUGCGGGAUUCGAUAGCAACAAGCUCAAUGUUGAGACCACAUGACUUUGUGGCGACAAUAUCCAAAAAUCGCUAUGAAGUACAAAUCAAACCCGUCCACAUUGUGCUAGACCUCUUGGUCAUUGAUGAUGUCCUCAGCCGAAGCGGGGGCUUGAGUUCUCUGCUGGAUUUAGGGAACUCUAUCAUGUCAGCCAACACUGUGAAAGGAAUUCCUACGAAGCCCGCGCCGGCAACGGGAAGGACACGGACGGUCCGUUUCACCGAUUCCCAAAGAAGGCCUCGGGCAGAGAGUGACCCAGUGUCACCGCUUCCGAAGGUUGAUGUUCGGGUCUCUGGGUCUCUGAUCGACUUGAUAGGCUCCGAGUCCACCGUCCAAAUCAAGACCUCUGCCAUCAAGACAGCUUAUCGCGAGAACAACGUGAGAUUGGUAAUCGAUGGUGCUGCUAUUGAGGGACCACUUUUGGAGAAUUCCAAAUCACGUGGAGGCAUUUACACCAAGAUUCGCAACAUCGAAGUGCAUUAUUCAACCUCGCCAAAUGACGAUGACUUAGAUAGACUUCUCUCUCUGAUCACUCCUUCCGGCGACAAAUAUGAUCAAGAAGACGAUAUCAUGGUCGAUACUCUGCUCAGACAGCGUCGAAAGGGUGGAGUGUUGCGCCUUACCAUCGGCGACAUACAGGCAGGGGCCAAGGGAUUACAAUGGAUUCCUCAUCUUACGAAGGUUGCGGAUGAGAUCUCCAAGCUCUCAUCGGUGACGAAAUACCUCCCUGAAGACGAUCGUCCAGGCGUACUUAUCUUUGCACUAGUUCAAAAGGUCGACCUACACUUCGACGUUGAUGAGCAAUUUGGGCCUCUUCAAUUGAAAGCCGACCUCAUCGAAGCAGCGCACAUCAACUUGCCGUCCCUCGCCGCAGCUCAAGUCACGAGCUGGACCAUGUCACGAAGUGGCAACGAUGUAUUGAUUGGUGAGGUUGUCUCUCAGAGCAAAAUGGCCAUGGGGCCCCCUAUGUUCAUGUGUCGCUUCAUUGCCGAUGAGAUGGAGCCCACUGUUCGGAUGAAGAUUUCCAAUACAUGUCUCGAAUACAAAGUCCCAACGCUGGUGGCCUUGAUCUCGCUGCUUGAUCGUCUCAAGACAGCAGAGGACUCCGCCGGCAAGCAGGUCCCUUCCUCACAACCUUCAAGCCCGUCGGCUUCGAGCAAUGGAGAUGCAAGCAAUCUUGCAAGAAAGGUCAAGUUUUCGCUGGCGUUCCGGGACUCUGCCGUUGCACUCAACCCGCACGGGAGCCCUGCCAAGGGCCUUUUCGUGCUUACAGACGCUGUUAUUCGCCACGAAGAUGUGAAGGGGGGAUCGAAGAUCAACCUAGACAUAAAGAAAGCUUCGCUGCUUAUCAUCGACGAUGGUAGAACUGCUGGACAGGACACCGCUAACGUGGACCACAAGCUGUAUUUUGAGGAGAACGAUCAAAUCCAGCAAUUGACUAGAGCCGGGUUCGUUCCGGUUGGAACGAUCUCAGCAGCUUCUGCAAUUGUAGACGUUGUUGAAGACAGACUGGCUGGUGAAACCCGUUUAGAUAUCGAGUUCCGCAACAACCUUCUCUUCAUUGAGACUUGCGCCGAUUCUACUCAGACGCUCAUUCAGAUCCUGGGUGGGCUAGCACCCCCUACCUCACCGUCGAAGGUCGACAAAUUCCGCACGGAAAUAGUUCCUAUCGAGGACAUGCUUGCCUCGUUCACAGGCAAUGCUUUCGUGUCUGAACCAGGGCCGGAACUUGGGCUUACAGCUUCGAAAGGUGACUCGUCCGGUUAUGGAGUCAAGUAUGAUGAAGAGGAAGAAGAGGAGAACUAUAUGGCAGACAUAUAUGCGGCAGCCGAAGACGCCGACGAUGAAAUGACUGCAAGCCACGUCGAGUCCGAUUUAGGUCGCUCGACGAUGGCAGAGUCGGUCCAUGUGGCACCGGUUGAUGCCACAGGAGCAGUCGCCGACGAACUAAACGGGAGUAUUAUGGUUCACAGCAUGCUGGAUUUCAGGACCGAUCAUUUUGCCCCGAAAACAGAUGUUGGCGGAACCGCGCACCGCUGGAAUUCGACCCAAAAUACCUAUGGACUCGCUAGUGAUUCAGUUCUCAAACUUUCACUGUUAAAAGUCCGGGUCAGAGAUGUCCAUGUGAUCUGGAAUCUCUUUGACGGGUAUGAUUGGCAGGCGACAAGAGAUACGAUAUCUCAAGCUGUGAAAGACAUUGAGGCCAAGGCCAUGGCAAGGCGACCACGAAGCAGUAGUCGAAAUGCUGGGGGCGAAUCAGAGGAAGAGGCUGUGAUCGGAGAUUUUUUGUUCAACUCGAUCUACAUUGGGAUUCCGGCAAACAAAGAUCCUCGAGAGUUGACCAACGCUAUCAACCACGACAUUGAUGACAUGGUCAGCGAGACCGGCAGCUACGCUACGGGGACUACGGUUACAGCGGCCACAGCUCGUCGGCAUUCGGGACCAGCGCCACGCCCAAAAAGACUGAAGUUGAACCGCAGCAAGCACCAUAAGAUGGCUUUUGAGCUUGAAGGGAUUUCUGCAGACUUUGUCGCGUUUCCCCCUGGCAGCGGCGAGGUUGAGAGCUCAGUUGACAUUCGGGUGAAAAAGCUGGAAGUGUUUGACCACAUCCCGACGUCAACUUGGAAGAAAUUUGCGACCUACAUGCAAGAUGCUGGUGAAAGAGAGGUCGGAACUAGCAUGGUACACGUUGAGCUCCUCAACGUAAGGCCGGUUGCGGAUCUAGCUGCCUCGGAGAUGGUCCUCAAAUUGAGUGUCUUGCCCUUACGGCUCCAUGUCGACCAAGACGCGCUGGACUUUAUGAGCCGGUUUUUUGAGUUCAAAGACGAUCGCAUACCUGCUUCGGGAAGCCCAUCAAACCCGCCCUUCUUACAGCGGGUGGAAGUAAACGCCAUUCCCGUCAAGCUCGACUUCAAACCCAAGCGAGUGGAUUACGGCGGGCUGCGAUCCGGGCGCACCACCGAGUUCAUGAACUUCUUUGUACUUGAUCGGGCGGAUAUGGUUCUGCGCCGAGUCAUUCUCUAUGGUGUGUCUGGCUUUGAAAGGCUUGGGAUCAUGCUGAACAAUAUUUGGACACCGGAUGUGAAGCGCAACCAGCUGCCAGGAGUCCUAGCCGGAUUGGCUCCGAUUCGACCUCUGGUCGAUGUGAGCAGCGGAGUGCGAGAUCUUAUUACGGUGCCGAUCCGCGAGUACCGCAAAGAUGGCCGGCUUGUGCGGAGUAUACAGAAAGGCGCUGUGGCCUUUGCCAAAACGACAGCCACGGAGUUGGUCAACUUCGGAGCCAAAUUGGCGAUCGGUACCCAGCAAGUGCUUCAAAACACAGAGGAUUUGUUGGGUGCUCAGGAGCAACGAGAUGAGGGGGAUCCCGACGAUGAGGCGACCAAACAGAUUUCUUUAUAUGCCGACCAGCCUGUCGGCAUCACUCAGGGGUUGCGGAUAGCGUACGGAGCUCUGGAAAGGGAUUUGCUCAUAGCCAAAGAUGCGAUUGUAGCAAUUCCCGGGGAAGUGAUGGCGAGCGGCAGCGCCAAAGGGGCAGCAAAGGCCAUACUGAAACAAAGCCCAACCAUCAUCCUUCGCCCAGCCAUUGGAGCCACGAAGGCGGUUGGGCAGACACUCAUGGGUGCCGGGAAUACGCUGGACAAGCAAAACCUCCGCAGAAUGGAUGAGAAAUACAAACGACACUGAUUGGGAGUGGCGGCCCAGCGUCGCGUGGCUUCUAGGCAGCCAUACCUAUUUACACUGAACGGCAUUGAGUUCUGGACUGAGGUGAAGAGGGCGUUCGCAUAAAGCACAGUGCAAGGAUUGUUACUUAUAAGAUGCAUAGCGCGGGGGAGCAGACUGUUGAAUUUCUUUGGUAAUCAUGGCAUCCGGUGGAGGCGCGCGCCUUUUUGACACCAAUGGUCACGAAAUGAAUUAUUGACACGAACGAUGGAAUGACACGCGAUGAGGUUUGCUUAAGUUUUGGAAAGGGGGAAUUGGUUGGAAGAUAGGGUUUGUACAGGCGUAUGCAUCGCAUGGCGUUGGGUACGACAAGCAGAGGUGGCACAGUCAUGUUCGGGCAUGGACACACUCGGGUCCUAGCGGUCGCUACUGGUGGAGAUCAGGAGACGUACUUCAAGUGAUGGUUCUUUUGAUGAGGAACACUUUGCCUUCGAGGAUGGUGCUGACAAUUUCUCGUGACAACGUUCAGGGGUCUGGGAAGGAUGCUAGGCCUCGUGCCUUGGAUCCUCGUGGUGGUCUUUUGUUUUGCCCUCCAUGUAAUGAAUGACUCCUACUAGUAGACGUCGUUCAUUUUGAGUUUCUGGGCUGACGAGAUUGCCACUUCUACGCUUGAGGCUGAUUCGGUCCGCGGAGGAGGUCAGACAAAUAUCCAAAUACGUUGGCAGUGCUCGUGGUCAGGAGAUGGUAGGGGGAGGCUGAGUGUAAAGACAAGCUCAUCGAUUGGGACGAGGAAUGAGGCUGAGCAGGGCCGUGGCUUCGCAUGCCGUUUGCUGGGCCUAAUGCUAAGGCUGACUUUGGGCCAAUUACUGGCAACUAUACCACUUGCACUAGUACUAUAACGCCACUAGCGUACGAUUCUGCCCGCUGCGCCUGGUCGUUAGUAAGGUGCUACGGGGUUGUUAGUUGGUACUAAGGUACUUCAGCGAUGGUACAACCUGCC